CAUUAAAUGGGGGUCUUUUGGGGGUCAUUUUUCGGGGGUCUCAAGCAUUAUCCUUUUCCUAAUACCACUAUUAACAUAAUAAAACAAACCUAUUUACGAUGGCAAACAUGUUAUUUUCAUAAAAGAUAACAAGCAUAAACGUGAUUUCCAUGGUGCACCAUGAUCCUACUUAAGCCACUCCCUAAACAGAAUACUCCGACACAGCAAUCUUCGACAGAACCACCAUGACUAACCUACGCCUUCCAUUCAUCUUCCCACUUUUACUACUACUGAAUCUCCACUCAAUCGGCGCCGUCGUUUCUGCUGACCCUACCACAGAAUCAAGCGACUCAGAGUACAUCCGAACAAGCUGCGGCUCCACUUUGUACCCUGACGUCUGCUACACCUCCCUCUCCCGCUACGCCAGCGCCGUCCAAUCAGACCCAGGUCGGCUAGCCCGGGUUGCUAUCGCCGUCAACCUCUCGAACGCUCGCAAAAUGGCCUCCUACCUCUCCAACCUCACUCGGGAAGGCGGAACCAACACAGGCGCCGCCUCGGCCCUCCACGACUGCGUCUCGAACCUCGGUGACGCCGUGGAUGAGAUUGAGGACUCGUUGAAGCAGAUGAGAGAUAUUGGGGCGGGUGGAGCGUCGGAUUUUAGGUUCAAGAUCAGCAACGUGCAGACGUGGAUGAGCGCCGCCUUGACGGACGAGGAGACGUGUACGGACGGGUUCGAGGAUGUUCCAGAAGGAGAUAAGAUCAAGGAGAAGGUUUUGGAGGGAGUGGGUGAUGUAAAGAAGUUGACGAGUAAUGCAGUCGCUCUGGUUAACAAUUAUGCUUCCAAGGGCACGCCGAGAAAGUGUGUUUAAUUUGUUCAACCACCGUCAUUGUUUUCUUUUCUUCUUUUUUUUAUAUACAAUUGUUGGUUAAUUCAAAACAUGUAAUAUGUGCAAUAAGACUUGAGCUAAAUGCUCUGUUUGUUUCUAGGAAAAAUAAAUUUUAGAAAAAUUCAUAAUUUUGAGGCGAUUGUUUGAAGGAAGGUUUUUUAUUAUAUAUUUUCAUAAAAUAUAUUGAAUAUUUUUUAGUAAA